AUUGUUUUUAUUUUACCUAUUUAGAGUGACACUCCUAUGUGUUUAAUCUCAGACAAGGGAUUGAUACUGUUGAUCUCUCUUUAUAUUUGUGCUACUGACUCGCUGUAAGAGCUCUAUAUUUAAGUAGCCUACAGUUGAAAAGUUUUAGACUAGGCUACUCGAAACUAUCACUUUGCGCUAAAACGAAAACACGUUUCAUUUAGGACUGUGCGAUUAUUUUAAGAAUCCCUUUACAUAAUUCUUUAAGGUUUUUGUUUUAAGUUGGUCUCAAGUUGACUUAUGAAAGAAAGUAGGCUAAUAUAGGCCUAGGUGAAGUUCGCGUUUCAUUUUAUUUAGUAAAGAUUUUACAAAAUUCCCCAGUAUUUAUUGGUGGAAGUUAAAGUUCAUAGAAUUAGUUUUGUUCUGGCCCGAUUAAGUUGCCCACACAAGUGGGGUUUCGCAUGGUUUCAGCUUUUCCCCCUCCUCCCCUCUUCUGUAGGAUAUUGCAUCUCUAGACUUCAGCAGCGCCAAAUCCCAGACUGAAACAACAUGAAACGUAUUAAUUAAACGAAUCUUUUUCUUCGAUUCUUUGUAUAUAGUUUUACACCAUGCUAUCUCAGUUACUAGCUGUGCAUAUCACACUCCGUUAUCGAAAAUUAUGUCAUGCGACCUUAAAUGUGGUGGAGACGUCGGCGAAACUUAUUUUCUUAAAACUAUUCUCCCCCAGUAUUUCCAGUUUUGUAUGAAACUUUGUAAUAGGUGACGAGUAAGCACAUUCAGACUGAUCUAGGAUGUAGUCACGGGCGAUCGGACAACCAAAUCACAUAAUAUCAUGUAACCUAAUCGAGCUUUUCCAUUAAGACUUCACACUUAUAGCCUAUAAUUUAAACUAUUUUUGCGUCAUAUUAUUUUUUGCUGUACCUUCUUAUACAUUAGAGUGGUAUCGAAAACUUACACCAAUAUGUAAUCUCUUUCGUUUCCUUUUAAUUGAGCUUUAAAAUAAGUUUUAUGAUCAAGAGCCGACUUGCUAUUAGCCCGUGCCAUGCUCGACACACACUGUCCCACGCUGUGACCAAACUCAUCGACACACACUGUCCCACGCUGUGAUCAAACUCAUGUUUCAGACAGUGCCUUGUCAGCUUUUAAAACGUAGCCUACAUUUACUACACAUAUUACGUGUUUUUCGAACUACAAACAAGAGUGCAAAAUAUUAAUAAUACAAUUAUUAUUUUCUUUGGACAUUUAAAAUAACAAUAUAACAAGCCUAAUCAUAAUAUAUUUUUCCCCCUAAUAUGCUCUCGUACUAAAUGUAGACUUUUUUAAUUUGAUAGUUUUCAGUGUUUGGACAUUUCUGUUUCUGAAGUCAGGCAGGCAGUGUCUAAAGGUUUUGCAGCAGCCAUUGACUACAAAUUUAAAGUCUGUACUUGUUUUACUACUUUUAAACUGCAUUUAUCAAAGGCCGUCUCACGUCCCAUCGAGCUAUAAAAAGAAUUAAAAUGGCAUACUGAACAUUCUGAUCUGUAAAGUGUCUUGAACCGUUUUUCGGGGGAACUGUCCUAUCUCUUGCUUAACUCAGCGUUUUGUAGGAUAUCAUGUUUCUGAUUGCAAUAGGACCUUUGAAAAGGUAAGGAUUUUGUUCCAUAUAGAUCCAAAUAAUUUUCUUCAAUUUAUUUUUAUUCAGCUUUUAGUUAAAUCCAUUUUUAAUAUUCCGUUGUGGAACAUGUGACGAAUUAACAGAAGUGACCUACUUAUACCGUUAAUGCAAAAGGGAAAGUUAGUAGGCUAUAGAAAUAUAGCACACCGUUAUUUUAAUGACCGUUCUACGGCAAUCUUUAGGUAAGAUACAUGAAGAAUCUGGCAUAACACAACUAUUAACUUUCUAAUAUUGCAGUUAACAGCAACGUUAUUUUACGCUCCUCCUCUUCACUUUAAAUCCAUUUGAUUUCUGAGGUUAUAAAUAAAACUAAACUAAACUGCUUUUCAUUACAGAUCCUGUGCCGCUAUAGGCACUAGUUGCUUUUAGAUGUAGGCUAACAAUUUUAAUUUCAAAGGCGUUCCUUAAACUUACAAUAUGUUUAUGUUUGCUUAUAAGAAAAAUGUAUGUCAGUGAUAAUCGUUAAAGCGUAAAAUUAUGAUUUUAUUUAUUUUUGUAUUUUCUUGUUGUAGGCUGUUUAAAAAAUACAGAUUUUCGUAGUUCUGUGUGUUGAGAUGCAAAACUAAGUACAUCCCCUUAUUUUAACAUAUAUCCCUUUUAAUUUGUAGAGAACGUAGAUGUAUAGAAAUCAGCUGGUGUUAUUAAAAAAUAAUACGAGAACAGGCCCAGAUUUACAUAAGCAGUUGUUUGGCGACUUAUGUAUGAAGGGCAUUCAUAGGUGAAUUUCAUGUGAUUGUGCUAGAAUUUCAGAAAAGGAAGAAAGAAAAAAAAAAGAUUUUCAAAAUUGCUGGAUUUUCCCUUUUAAAUUGAAUAAAGAAGUGAAUGGCAGUGUUUGUCAACCGCUGUCAGCUGACCAAGUUCACGUUUUCACCAAAUACAGCUCAUUCAAAGAAAGAGGCAAAGGCAUAACCUGUAUGUCAGAGUUCAGAAAUGCACUGCUUUCUUCAUGAAUUAAGCAUUGCUUGGUAACUUUUUUCGUUAACCUUUGAUGUAAACCAGGUCUUAAUAAGUACAGAUAAACUUUGUUGGUGUUUUCUCUCUUGAGAAAUCUUAAAGCAGAGAGGCUAAUUUUCUCCCUAUGUUUUGCAGCCUGUGUGAGGUAUUAGAAAGCGGUAUUAUGGCUAGACUGAGGUGAGGAGUCUGUCCCUGUUGGCCUGUCACUGGGGGUGGGAUGUAGAGCUUUUUUAACCUUUGCCAGGCUCCCUCUGUGGGGAGGCGAGGAGAGAUCAGGUCACGGUGUGUUCAUGUGUACCAUGUCUCUGACCUCCACCAUGCUGUGCUAUAGCUAGCCAAACAGGGACUCUUACUUUUUUCUGGGAUGGUGUUUGUGUGUGAGGAGGUGGGGGGUGAUGUGGAUUGAGAUCAAUGUGGCUGCUUUCCCCUUUCACCUCAGCAAAUUUGCCACACACCCACCCGGAGAGAUUGCCAGGGAGGUCCCCCCUCCAAAACACACACACACACACACACACACACACACACACACACAAGCAUCGCAAAUAACAGGGAUUUUGUAUCUUGUCAUUUUGGCAGUGUUUAUGUAGUGAAAGUUUUGGAAGUGGCUCUGAUGUCUGUUUUUUAAUUUUUAAUUUUCUCUCGAGUCCCCUCUCGCACUUGUCCUUUUAAGAGCAUGCCAUAAGAAAUGAGGAUAAGGGCUCGGUGACCAGCAGAGAAGCCUUUCCCAGGCACACCAUCUAGUGUUCAGUAGGAAGUUUUUUAUGGCUUGAGAGAGAAAGUGAGGGAGGAACGCUAGGGAAAGCAGGAAAGUUGAGGGCGGGUGGUGGAUAGUAAGGGACACACAAGGAGAUUCUGAGUGUACGGUAACUCACUCUUCGAAGUCACAACAAGCAAGACGCCUGCUGCUGAGAAAAGGGACACAAGAACCAACCCGGACGACUCCCCCUGUAAAGACUCGGGUGCCCAUGUCUGCAGCAGAUGUUGCGCAGAGUUCUUUGAACUAUCGGAUCUUGAACAACACCAGAAGAAUUGCACUAAGAAUCAAUUAGUUCUAAUUGUGAAUGAAAAUCCAGUGUCUCCUUCCGGAACCUUUUCCCCAGGCUCCUCUCCUCAUAAUCCUGAUGAGCAGAUGAAUGAUACAACUAAUAACACAGAUCAAGCAGAGUUAACUGACCUUUUGGAGCAGAACGUACAUGACAAAGAGGAGGUCAUGGACACUGAGAUGUCAGGAGUCUCUGUACCCCUUAAUGAUGGAAGUGGAUGUAUGGCAGGUGGCAGCCCACUCAGUGGUGUUGGAAGCAGCCAUGGAGCUCUGGGCAGCACUGGGUCUGAUCUGGAGAACUCUGUCAUCUCUGCCUCACUACCUCAGCUGGGUAACUUGACAGAGCUGGGCAAUUUUUCCAUGGUCAACAGCAACGUCAUUAUUGAAAACCUACAAAGCACCAAAGUGGCUGUGGCCCAGUUUUCUCAAGAGACCAGAGCAGCAGGGGGGCAAAGGGUGGCUGUGCCAGCCCUCAUGGAGCAGCUUCUGGCCCUACAGCAGCAGCAGAUCCAUCAGCUACAGCUCAUCGAGCAGAUUCGUCACCAGAUUCUUCUGCUAGCCUCACAGUCACCUGAGCUCCAAGCACCGCCUAAUUCUUCCCCUGUCACUUUAGGUUCAGGUACUAGCCCACUAACCACUCUAAGUUCCCAUUUGUCUCAACAGUUGGCAGCUGCUGCAGGGUUAGCACAGAGCAUAGCUAGCCAGUCUGCAAGCAUUAGCAGUUUGAAACAGAUGGCUAAUGUUGUGCAGUUACCUCAGAACAAUUCCAGUGUGGGAGAGUCAUCUCAAAACCUUGGAGCACCAGGGCCAGUUACAGUUAAUGCCCAACCUUCAGACAAAAGGCCAGGUAAUGCAGGAAGCUUGCAUCCACAGUUAGGAAAUCCUACAAUUGCAAAGUCAUCCACACCAGCCUUUGCAAUGGGAAGCCUUUUGAAUCAUGUGGCUAAUACCCUUCUACCUCAGUCCCCACCAGACAACCCAAUAUUUUCCAGUGCAUUGCCCAGUGUCGGUACUACAGUUGAGGAUCUCAACUCACUAGCUGCACUUGCUCAGCAAAGAAAAGGCAAGCCACCUAAUGUCUCUUCUUUUGAACCGAAGAGUAGCUCUGAGGAUACAUUUUUCAAGCAUAAGUGCAGGUUUUGUGGCAAAGUGUUUGGUAGUGACAGUGCUUUGCAGAUUCACUUACGAUCUCACACAGGUGAGAGACCAUACAAAUGCAACAUAUGUGGCAACCGGUUUUCCACCCGUGGUAACUUGAAAGUUCAUUUUCAGCGUCAUAAAGAGAAGUAUCCACACAUUCAGAUGAACCCAUAUCCUGUCCCAGAGCAUCUAGACAAUAUUCCUACGAGUACUGGCAUUCCCUAUGGUAUGUCUAUGCCUCCUGAGAAGCCAGUAACUAGCUGGCUGGAUAGUAAACCUGUUCUGUCGACUCUGACAUCUUCUGUUGGCAUGUUACUUCCACCAACUAUACCAAGCCUGCCUCCAUUCAUCAAAAAGGAAGAGAAUAACUCAGUGGCUGUAAGCAGCCCUUCUCAUUCUGCUAAUGACUCAGGUCCUGCUGAUGCACCCAUGAAGAACACAGAUAGUGUGUUGGAAGAAGGUGAGAGCACAACCCUGCCUACCUCAAAUGAAAAAGUUGAAGAAAUCAACCGUUUAUCCAGUUUAACGACAAACAUGAGCUCUGCAGUGGAGGGUACCAUUGAGUACACCACCUCCAACAGCCCUCCAAUGGCCACUAACCCACUCAUGCCCCUGAUGUCAGAACAGUUCAAAGCUAAGUUUCCUUUUGGGGGUCUCCUUGAUCCUCUACAAGGUUCAGAAACAUCUAAGCUUCAGCAACUCGUUGAGAACAUCGACAGGAAAGGGACAGACCCUAAUGAGUGUGUUAUCUGCCAUCGUGUUCUUAGUUGCCAUAGUGCACUCAAAAUGCACUACCGCACACACACCGGGGAGAGGCCUUUCAAAUGUAAAGUGUGUGGUCGUGCCUUCACCACCAAGGGCAACCUCAAGACUCAUUACAGUGUCCAUCGAGCUAUGCCGCCCCUGAGGGUCCAGCAUUCUUGUCCUAUUUGCCAGAAGAAGUUCACAAAUGCUGUUGUACUUCAGCAGCACAUUCGCAUGCACAUGGGUGGACAGAUCCCUAACACCCCUCUUCCUGAAAACUAUCCAGAAUCCAUGGGAUCCGAUGCUGGCUCAUUUGAUGAGAGAAACUUUGAUGAUCUUGACAACUUCUCUGAUGAAAACAUGGAAGGAAUCGAGGAUGGACCAGACAGCAGCAUUCCAGACACACCAAAGUCAGCUGAUGCAUCUCAAGACAGCCUCUGUUCAUCCCCUACUCCACAAGAGUCUUUAAUCAUGGAGAACCAGGAGAAGAGGGCCAACCAGGGAGCAGAAGAUGAAGUGUACUUUGACCAAGGAAAAUCAGUGGAGAACGGAGUAAUGGAAGGAGAUAGACUCACAAAUGACUCCUCUUCACUUGGAGGCGACAUCGAAAGCCAAAGUGCUGGAAGUCCAGCUGUCUCUGAAUCUACCUCUUCCAUGCAAGCUCCAUCACCCUCUAAUGGUACUAUCCAACAGCAAAAGUCUCCUAGUCUGGAGGAUCGGCAGCAGAGGGCAUUGUUAUUGGACCACAUUAGUGCGGGUCUGAUGCAGUCUCAUUCUGCCAGUCCUGGAGCUCUGGAUCUUACUUCAAUUAACUCAUCAAAAGAUCCUCUUAGUAUGCUUUUCCCCUUCCGUGAUCGAGGCAUCUUGAAGAAUACAGCAUGUGACAUCUGUGGCAAAACAUUUGCCUGCCAGAGUGCCUUGGACAUCCAUUACCGAAGCCAUACCAAAGAGAGACCAUUCAUUUGUACAGUAUGCAACCGGGGCUUUUCCACCAGGGGGAACUUGAAGCAACACAUGCUGACCCACCAGAUGCGAGAUUUGCCCUCCCAGCUCUUUGAGCCUAACACCAGUCUUGCCUCCAGCCCAACUCCAUCCCUUCUGUCUGUUGGACCCUUGUCCUCUAUGAUGAAGACUGAGGUCAACGGCUUUCUGCAUGGACUUCAACCUGAAGUAAAAGACUUGCCCUCUUCACUGGUGACCUCAUCUGCUUCCACCUCUCCAGUACUUUCGGCUGCCCCACCACGGAGGAUGCCUAAGCAGCACUACUGUACAACUUGUGGGAAGACAUUUUCCUCAUCCAGUGCCCUGCAAAUCCACGAGAGAACCCAUACGGGAGAGAAGCCCUUUGCUUGCACCAUCUGUGGACGAGCAUUUACCACCAAAGGAAAUCUCAAGGUGCAUAUGGGUACCCACAUGUGGAACAGUGCUCCUGCACGGCGUGGUCGCAGGCUUUCAAUAGAUGGUCCCAUGGCUUUCCUUGGCACCAACCCUGUAAAGUUCCCCGAGCUCUUCCAAAAGGACCUUACCGGUAGGGCUGGAAACGGAGACCCAACAAGCUUCUGGAAUCAGUAUGCUGCUGCUUUCUCUAAUGGCCUGGCCAUGAAGACCAACGAGAUUUCUGUAAUCCAGAAUGGAGGCCUGCCCCCUCCACUGUCAGGGAGUGUGGGCAAUGGGGGCAGUUCUCCGAUCGGAGGUUUGACAGGCAGCAUGGAAAAGCUGCAUAACUCUGAGCCCAAUCCUGCUCUGGCUGGCCUAGAAAAAAUGGCCAACACAGAGAAUGGGACUCACUUCCGCUUCACACGCUUCAUGGAGGACAAGCAGAUAGUGACCAACUAGAGAAUAAUUUUUGUUUUGCUCAUGAACAAACAUACACUCUUUAACUGACACACACACACAUGCUCCCGUAUAUGCGUCUUAAGACUUUAUGAAGAGGAGUUUGAAAAGAACUUGCUUUUUUUGUACAAUGUACAACAUGUUAUAGUUUUAUGGAGCUUAUUUAUUAGUGAUUAUAACCUUGCUCGAAAAACCAAGUGGAAAUAUUAACAGUUACUUAGUUUUUAUGUUAUUUUCUGUUUUAUCAACAGAGUGAAUCUGUAUGAGUGUUUAAAGUGUGCUUUUGAAACUUAGCUUUUCUUGGUAGAAGACUUCACCAUGGCAUUAAAUUAUUUUCUAUCUCUAGUAUGUGUUAACAAAACUUGAUGUUCAUGUAAUUAUUUAGAGCUUAAAAAGUGCAACGUAAGGCUGUAAAUACUGUACACUUAUCUGUGCUAGAUGGUUUACAAGCUGUGUAGAAACUUUCCUCUGAGAAAUAUCAACAUUUCAUAAAUCCAGGGACAUAGGUUAGUCCUUUUCUCUCUGUCUUAGAAGUUAAAAAAAAAAAAAAAAAAAAAAAAAAAAAAAAGGUUUUCACCUCAGCUGUUUAUUUACACCUUAGUAUUUUCACUUUGCUUUUUACUACAUUCAGUUCUCACUCUUCAUUUGUGCUUAUAGGAUACAAAGCAUAAACUGUUGUUAGAUAACAACACGGAGAAGUCCACACACUUACGAAUGGGAGAGGAAAAUGCCUUGUGUGAUCUUAGAGGUUUUGUUGGGCUUUCAAACUGCUGCUAGGUACUAGCGUCUUUGUUUGACAUCUACUGCACAUCAUGUGUUGACGCGCCCUAUAGGCCUAUGUAUUUUUUUGAAUGUGGAGCAACAAAUUCCUUUACAGCAAUUGUACAUAUAGUCUUACUCGAAGACAAGGUCCAUCUCGGCCAGGGGACAAAUGAUGAUAGUGUUUUUAUAAAUAUUAUAUAAAUAUAUAUAUAUAUGGACUGUUACAUGCACUUUCUUGAAAAGUUGGAAGAUCUUUUAGGGCCCAGUUUCUCUACAGUUUAAUACCUACUAACAGCUACGAUACUGUAAUUCUUUACUAAUCAAAUACAUCAGUUUU